CCAAUUCAUUAUUCUUCAUUGCACCUUUCACACUUUCAUCGAUUGCAAUUAAUCUUAACCACCGUUCAUAAAAGAAAAAAAAAAUGGAAACCCCAAUGACACUCACCGGCUUGCUCCGCCGCGUUGCCGGAAAAUUCCCCUCCCUCCGAGCCAUCUCCGUCGCCGGAAAAUUCGACAUCACCCACUCCCGCCUCCACCAACUGGCCGAAUCUGCCGCCGCUCGCUUGGUCUCCGCCGGAAUCAAGCCCGGCGAUGUCGUCGCCCUCACCUUCCCUAACACCGUCGAGUUCGUUGUUAUGUUCUUAGCCGUUAUUCGAGCUCGAGCCACAGCGGCGCCGUUAAACCCGGCUUACACAGCCGAUGAGUUCGAGUUUUACUUAUCCGACUCGGAAUCGAAGCUUCUGUUGACAUCGUUGGAAGGAAACGAGCCGGCUCAGUCCGCGGCUUCCAAGCUCAACAUCCCCCGCGCCGCGGCUUCAAUUAGUCAAGCCGAAAACGAACAAGCCGAGCUGAGUCUCUCGUUGAACCACCUCGACUCGAUUGACUCGGUUUCCGAACUCGUUAAUGAGCCUGAUGACGUGGCGCUUUUUCUCCACACCUCGGGCACAACGAGCCGUCCCAAGGGAGUGCCACUGACUCAGCACAACUUGUUAUCAUCGGUGAGGAACAUCGAGUCAGUGUACCGACUCACUGAGUCUGACUCGACGGUGAUUGUGCUUCCUUUGUUUCACGUUCACGGGUUGAUCGCCGGGUUACUGAGUUCACUCGGCGCCGGCGCGGCGGUGGCGUUGCCGGCGGCGGGAAGGUUCUCUGCGUCGACGUUUUGGAAGGACAUGGUUAAGUACAACGCCACGUGGUACACUGCGGUUCCUACCAUACACCAGAUCAUACUGGAUCGCCACUCGAAUAACCCCGAACCGGUUUACCCGAGGCUCCGGUUUAUUAGGAGCUGUAGUGCUUCGCUUGCACCGGUUAUUUUAGGUAAACUGGAAGAGGCUUUCGGAGCACCGGUUUUGGAGGCUUAUGCGAUGACUGAGGCCUCUCAUCUUAUGGCUUCGAACCCGUUGCCACAAGAUGGGCCCCACAAGGCCGGGUCAGUUGGGAAACCCGUGGGUCAAGAAAUGGCUAUAUUGAAUGAAACGGGUCGGGUCCAAGAAGCUGAGGUUAGUGGAGAGGUUUGUAUUCGGGGACCCAACGUGACAAAAGGAUAUAAGAACAACGUGGAUGCUAAUACGGCGGCGUUUCAGUUUGGUUGGUUUCACACUGGUGAUAUUGGAUACUUUGAUUCGGAGGGGUACUUGCAUCUCGUGGGUCGGAUCAAGGAACUCAUUAACCGAGGAGGGGAAAAAAUAUCACCAAUAGAAGUGGAUGGUGUCCUUCUAUCACAUCCAGACAUUGCUCAGGCUGUUGCUUUCGGAGUGCCCGAUGAGAAGUAUGGCGAAGAGAUAUACUGUGCUGUGAUCCCAAGAGAAGGAUCAAACAUUGAUGAGGUAGAGGUUCUAAGAUAUAGCAAGAAGAAUCUUGCAUCUUUCAAGGUCCCCAAAAAGGUCUUCGUUACUGAUUCUUUGCCCAAGACCGCCACUGGAAAGAUUUUGCGCCGUCUUGUAGCAGAACACUUUGUCUCUCAUAUUUGAGAAGGAUGAGUCCCUAGCUUUGAUGCCUACAUCCAUGGCCAAUACAUGGUUGGAGUCUGCAGACCAUAAAUUUAAACAAUAAUUUGGCUACUUGGCAUUUAAGAGGUCGAUAUUUCUGCAAAUGGUCUUUCCUACAGGAUACAAUAUAGAUUGGGGUUUUCAAUGAUUCUUGUUAAAUGUUCAGAAUGUAAUGUUUUCAAUAUUUUAUAGAUCUUAAAUUCCUAGUCCUUUUUUGUUUACAUUU